AAGGACCAGUUUUCCUUCCUCUGCGCGUCUAAUAGUGGAAAAGGGGGACCUUUGCGUGGGUUUUGUAGUCUCUCUCUGAAGCUGCCCUCCCCAUGGGCUUUAUUAAACACCUGGAGAGAGGGAAACUACAGGGAAAGCUUAGCUGAAAAUCUGCAAGGAGAUUACCAGGAUGUCGAUCACCAACAGGUCGACCUCUUUUAUCAUGGUCUUUAUCAGAGGGAUGCGGUUGAAAGACGAGAAAGGGUCGCGGGGGGGGGCACGCCAAGUGAAGCCUAAGUCCAGGCAGGUGGCAGGGAACAAAAUCUGCAGCUCAGGAAGGAAGGAAGUUUGCAAUAUAAUUCUUAUACUGGAGGCUUUUCCCCAUAAAGCUUAAUGUGAUUCUGGGUUGGUGGCUUAGCUUUCACUAGUUGGGUGGCUGCAAUCUUUUGUAGGUAAAAUUGACCUAGCUCCCAUGAUGUGUGGGGUUAUGGCCAGGCUAAAUUAUUAUAAAGUAUACCUUGAGAUUGUACAGACAGCGGUUGAAACAGGCUGCAGGGUGUGGGUGUGUAUGCAUGAGGGGAGAUGUGGAGAGAGAAAUGAAGGAUUUGAGUCAUGUUAUGCAUAUUCUUCGCCAGUACCAUUAAUUGCGUAUUUAUUUCCAGAUUCCAUUUAAUGUUGAUCUUAGUCAUUAAAGCCUCACAUGGUUUAGCUUGAAAUAAUUCCUUUCCCUAUAUGAAGUUUUAUGGAUUCCAACUUUGGCUUCAGAAUCUCUGCUUUCUGACCCACCCCCAAAACCUCGUUACUGUAUGAGCACUUUGACAGAUGAGACAGUUCAGCAGGGUUUUUUUUAUUUGUUUGCUUUUUAUUUUAUUUUUUAAAAAAAACAUUGCUUUGAUUGCUUCUGCUGCAAGGAAUUUAUCAUCAUCUGCUCAUUUUUCAAACUGCAUCCAUGCUUGUAUUAUUCUAAUGUUACCAGUUCUUUAUUUUUUUCCAAAAAUAAUACUACAUCAGUAAUUGCAGGUGGGAUUAUUGUAGCAUUAAAUAUUAGUAAAUAUUAAAAAUGCAAGUAAUUAUUGUUCUGUAGAUGUUGCCACAAUGAUAACUGAAUUUCUGAUAUCUAAUUUUUUGAUACAUAAACAUAAAUGUUAAUGUUAAAUGUUAAUAUAUUUGAAUUUGAAUUUUGAAUUUGUAUACCGCCCUUCUCCCUGAGGACUCCCUGAGGAUUUGAAUUUACUUCUACUUCAGUGCAUUUUAGAGAAUAUUAGAUAUAUGUAUAUUUGUUCAAUAAUCUUUAUUAAGGUCUUGCAAAGCAAGUGAAAACCCUUAUUCCCUUUUUGGAGAGAAAAGGGAAGGUUUAAUUAAUAACAAACAUAAUUAUUUCAAAAAUAAUAGACUUACACACUUUAAUGCAUGCAUAAUUUGUAUGUAAUUGGACCAAAAUGGACUGUAAAGAAAAUUGUUGUGGGAAGAAGUGAGCUGCUGUUUACAUGCUGUUAUACAAAGAAUUAAGACCCCAGUUGUUAAGUAUUGCUUAAUAGUUCUGCUUUGCACAAAACAUACAAGGGAUAGUAUUGUUUCCCCUUCCACUUAGAUAUUGAGGGUGGACAUCUCUAGUGAUAGCCCUACACACAAAGACUCUUGCACAGAUCGGGACUCCCAUUUUUGGAGGACUUCAGUUCUCACAGUUUACCAUGCUUUUUGUACUGAUGGCAGGGAUAAGGAAGCCUGCAAUAUGCUUGUAUAUGCAGUAAUAAGAGGCUUCUGUUUCUUAAAGUCAAUUGGGCACAAGUCCUAGAUCUAACCUGUUUGGGAAUACAUCCCGUUUAAUUAAAGAUUUGGCAGGUGCAUUUGUAAAACAUAAUAAGCUUGGGCAGAAUUAAUCUCUUAGAUUUUGUAGUUUAUCGUAGCGGGCAAACCUGCUGUUAGGUUAAUUUAUGAUAUACAGUUAGUCUGUUUAAAGUUACAAUGGCACUGAAAAAAGUGACUUAUGACCACUUCUCGUUUUCGCACUUAUGACUAUUGCACUAUCCUCAUCGUCAUGUGAUCACAAUUAUUGGCAACUGGCAAAUAGUUAUGAUGUUGCACUGUACCAGGGCUAUCUGAUCACCAUUUGAACCUUCCCAGCCAUCUUCUGACAAGCAACGUCAAUGGGGGAAGCUGGAUUCGCUUAACAACUGUGGCAGAAAAGGACUGUAGUUUCUCUAGAAGAAGCUGGAAAAAUUCAAAUUUCAAUACGGAUUCAUUCCUACUACUGGAAAAGAAACUUCAAACUUCUAGCAAGACAAAGCUCCAGCUAACAUGGAAAGGAGACUUCUGUGUGCUGUAACCAAAAGAGCAGAUGAAACAGUAGAUGUCUGCUUCUUGGGCCAGGAACAUUUAAUCAGAAUCAGCGAGGAGAGACGUAUAUCAGAAGAUUCAAAACCAAUGGAAUUACAUGGCAAGUCAGCCUGUAAAGGAGAAGCUUGUGGUUUCCAGAACUGGGAGUGGUCAAAGACCUUAGCAAGCCAAGAAAGAGCAAAAAACGUCCCAGGAGAGAAAGCAAAUAAAGCCAUUCCCUGCAGAGAAGGGAGCCCAGCUCCUUGUGGAACUAGCGUCCAGUUGAGAAUUGACACUGUGGAUAAUGGAUGGAAGAGUGAGAAAGAUGGGAAACAAUCUGAGGAACUAAAAGAAAAUUUUUGGAAUCAAAGUAGACCAAUGGGAGAAGAAGGAGGUUUUGUGGAGAAAAGAGGUGAUAAAUCUAUUGCUUCUCAAGGUAGAAGUUUCAGUGAAACCCCAGUUCAGCCUAGCAGCCAAACAGAUAAGAGAUGCAACAAUUGUCUGUAUAUUCACCAGUUAAUCCAUACACAGUCAAAUCAAAACUUCAAAUUUGGGAAGAGUGUGAAUUGGAACCAAAACCUUGCUGAUGGUCAAGCAUUUCUGGAAGACAAGAACCUCUAUAAAUGUUUGGAGUGUGGAAAGGGCUUCAGUCACAGCUCAAACCCCCCUUCGCAUCAGAGAAUUCGCAGAGGGGAGAAGCCGUAUAAAUGCCUGGAGUGUGGGAAGAGCUUCAAUUCAAGCACCAGCCUUUCUUCACAUCAAAGGACACACACCGGGGAGAGACCGUUCAGCUGCUUGGAUUGUGGCCUGAGUUUCCGGGACCAUUCAGGCCUUAUUAAACACAAGCGGAUUCACACUGGGGAAAAACCCUACCGUUGCUCAGACUGUGGCUUGAGCGUUAGCACUCAGUCAAGCUUAGUUCGACACCAGAGAAUCCAUACAGGAGAGAAACCAUAUCGGUGCACGGAAUGCGGGAAAUACUUCGGUCAGAGCACAGACCUUGCUUCACAUAGAAGGACUCACACAGGGGAGAAGCCCUAUAAAUGCUUAGAGUGCGGGAAAAGCUUCAGCCGAAGCACAAGCCUGACUUUGCAUCAGAGGAUCCACACCGGGGAGAGACCGUACAGCUGCUUAGACUGCAACAAGAGCUUCUCUGAUCAGUCAAGCUUUAUUAAGCACGAGAGAAGCCACACAGGAGAGAAGCCGUACAAAUGCCCGGAGUGUGGGAAGAACUUUAGUCGGAGCACAAGCCUUUCUUCACAUCAAAGGACACACACCGGAGAGAGACCGUUCAGCUGCUUGGAUUGUGGCCUGAGCUUCCGGGACCAUUCAAGCCUUGUGAAACAUAAGCGGAUUCACACUGGGGAAAAGACAUACAGCUGCUCAGACUGUGGCCUGAGUUUUACCACUCAGUCCAGCCUGGUUAGGCAUCAUAGAAUCCACACAGGAGAGAAACCGUAUCCAUGCUCGGAGUGCGGGAAGUACUUCGGACAGAGCACAGAUCUUGUUUCACAUAGAAGGAUUCACACAGGGGAGAAGCCCUAUAAAUGCUUAGAGUGUGGGAAGAGCUUCAGUCGAAACACAAGCCUAACUUUACAUCAGAGGAUACACACCAGGGAGAGACGAUAGAGUGCAGUAGGAAAAGUUUUUGUUUUAUCAAGCAGAAGUAAACCUAUGCAGAGAAGAAGUCAUAUUUAUAUGCACAGAAAGAUCUUCAGAGAACAAGCAUUAUUUCAAAGUAUUUAACUUGGACUUUUCACCAACCUGUGUAAACUUAGUUGUAUUUUUUAAGGUAGCCAUAUGAAAAAGUUAUUUUGUUGGUACUCAUUCUGUUAAGAAACCUCUACUGUGGUCAUUCAAAUGUAGAUUAGAAAUAGAUUUGUAAUUCUAACGCAUCGUUUAACUUGAAAAGUAUGAAUAAUUAAAUUUUAUAUUGCUUGCAAAGAACGUUCAUUCUGAACAAAAGGUAGACAGAGUAUAUACCUGUUAGAAAUGUUUGAACACUUUCAGAGCAAUCAUCUAAAUUCACAUAAAAUAAUUGUGUGGACUAAAAUAAACCAUACUGUUUCCCCCAACAGUGCCAGUCAUAGCUUUUAUGAGAAGAGAAUGAAAUUAGUCUAAUAACCUACAGAAUGGAAAAAACCAAUGGUGGUAUUCUGCCGGUUCUAACCGGUUCGGGCGAACCGAUGGCGGUGGGAGGCUCCGCCCGCCCACCCGCCCGGACAUCAUCAGGUCCCGUUUUUGACGCUCUGCGCAUGCGCGCUCACAUUUGUGAACUGGUAGCAAAGGUAAGUGAAUACCACCACUGAAAAAAGCAUCCAGAUGCAAUUCCAAGCAAAGGGGAAAGAUUUAAUACAUUAAAGCUUUAAAUGUCUGUAAUUGAUUACUAGGAAUUUUUAAUACAUUCCUGGAGAUAAGCUAUAUAAUGGGACUUAAUCUCUGAGUAGGUUUGCAUAGAAUUGUGCUGUAAGCCAAUAAAAGGUCAAAAUAGAAAUGCAGAUCAUUGAAAUCGGACUGAAUAUUUCUGAUCAAGGUCUGUCCUGAGUUGAGAAGGGCGGACACCGGCAAUUAAGAGAAGGAUAUGCAAGGCCUGCAAGGAAAAUGCAAAAAAGGGUUUCUGAGAUAGGAGAGAUCUUGAGGAAAAAAAUUGGUACUUUAAAUUGCAUAAUACGUACUUAUUUUCAGUAAAUAUAGAUAGUCCUUGUUCAGCAAUCACAGUUGAGACCGGCAACUCAGUCAUUAAAUAAAUGGUCAGUAAGUGAGUUGAUUGCUUAUGACCUUACAUCAGCUUUCCUUUGCUUUACAGACCUGUGGAGAUCAUAAAUUUGAGGACUGGUCCCAAAGUUAAUUUUUCAUCACUGUCAUAACUUUGAAUAGUUGCUAAAUGAGGACUACCUCUGAUGUCAAAAUAUGCAAUACCUGUAAAGUCGUAAAUUUCAUACAAGAUGUAAAGUACAGGCAUUAGCAAACUGAAGGGUUAGAUUCCUUGUUGAACAGUAUUGCUGAAAUUGUGUGACUUCUUAAGAUGUAACAGAACAGUUGGGAAAUUGAUAGUGUUUCUUUUGAGAUCGUUUCAUUCCGGAUUAGUUAAUUUAAUAUAAUUUAAAUCAUUGUUUUAAAAAAUGGAAUCACCAAGAGAUUAAAACCCUGCUGUUACACUUCGAUUUACAUCUCUUUCUUAACUGUUUUUUGUAUAUUUUUUAAAGUUGUGUUUCAAAACUGAUCAUUAAAACAAAUUAAUUGACAA